UAUGUAUGUACAUACAUAUUUGUAUCGAGUUUUGUGUCAUUAACAUUUCAACAUGAUUUUUACAUCUUUUUUGAAAAAUUCAUCUAAAUUAAGGAGAUUAGUAAACAUUUCACAAAUUCGUUUACGAAGUGACCUAACGGAAGUAACUCACACCGGACAAGUAUGGGCGAAUGAGGAUUAUCGUAACGUACGUUUUACGAAUGCUAGACGCUGGGUUAACAAGAACUGGGGUGUUAAAUUGGCCCACCAAAUAGAACCUAUAAUAGCAUCUGAACGAGUUGUUUACUGUGAUGGGGAUGGUCCUUUGGGCCAUCCAAGACAAUACAUAUGUUUAGACAAACCCGCGAAGCAUUGGUGUCACUAUUGUUUGAAAUCUUUCAUAAAAGCACAAUAUGCUGAUCCUGGGCUCCGAAAGGAGUCGAAAAAGUGAAUUGCGGCAAAAAAGAACGAAAGUCAGCUUUCCGCAACACGAUACAACCUGAAAUAACUUUUCAAUAUUGUCUUCCAAAGAAUAAGCCUAUGUUACCUCUAACGACACUAGCAGCUGCAUACUUAUGUUCGCACACAUGUACUUAUAAUCUGUUUUAGUCCUAACAGUUUUAGGAAAAUCUGAAUAUAUGCAUGACUGUACAUAUAUUAGUCUCUUCUUGUAGCAGCAUUUGCUAAAAGCUAGAAAACUUAAUACAUGCAUAUAUACAUAUGUAUGUACAUAUAUUUUGAACAAAUCCCUGCCAACCGAAUCUGGGUAAAAAGCUAGAUAACUUGAGCAAACGUUUACGUAUAUUUCUAAAAGAAAAAUAAAUUCCGAUAUUCUGCUGAAAUCA